UUAAUAAAUUAAACACUAAUCUGAUAUGCCAUUCAGCACAAAUCGCAUUAUAAAUGUUUUCAAAAAAUUGCAUAUCCAUUAAAUCUAUCGAAUGGAACAAUCUACAUAACAAUACCGGUCUAAAGAGAAAAUUAGGGAAUAUUAUGAUAGCGAUGGCAACUUCAAACUACAAGGCAAAUUGUACUUCUGACAAAUACGCGUACGUAUUUCCUUGAAAGAUAGAAUGUUUGGCGAUAAGAAUUUGACGUAAGCAUUCUUGCGACAAGCGGUAUUGAUAAAAAUCAAUAUAUGAUAAGCGACCAUAUGUGCUUAUUUAUGAUCGAAUAAACAAAGGAGAAUGAUGAAGCAGACAUCCCAAGCGGACAGGCCCCACUGGAGCUGGCCUGAUGUGAUUAACUUCUUAUUUUAUCAUUGCGCAACAACCUGUUUUGUAGGCACGCGAAAGUACAAUCUAGAUCGGCUCCUCUCGACGGACACGACAUAAAACGUAGACGACUCACUAAAUCAUCUUUAGUCAGUAUUUAGCCUGCGGACAGUUAACAUCACUGUGGGCAUAUUUCUCAAUACUCUGUACAAAGAACCCGAAGAAGGCACGCAUCUGACAUGAACGCGUCUACACUCAGAUCAGUUUUCCGUCAAGUACAUGCCGCAAAAAUUGAGGCAAACGCGAAAAAUACAUUUAUGCGUGUCACUCCAGCAAUGUCCGAGUCCUUUGACGCAAUUUACAGACGAUGAAUUGAUGAUGAAAGAAACUGUCGCUAAACUAGCUAAGGAGGAAAUCGCUCCACUCGUGCGGAAAAUGGAGAAGGAAGGAAAAAUAGACGAUGGCGUUCUAAAGGCAUUGUUCGAAAAUGGCUUAAUGGGUCUUGAAGUUCCCACCGAAUACGGCGGCACAGGUAGCAAUUUCAUGAGCACAAUUUUAACCGUUGAGGAAGUCGCGAAAGUUGACGGAGCCGUAGCCGCUCUUGUUGACAUUCAUAAUACCUUAGUCAACUCGCUGAUUAUCAAAGUCGCCUCUGAAGAACAGAAAAAAAAAUAUUUGCCUAAAUUAUCCCAAAAUUAUGCUGGUAGUUUUUGCUUGACAGAACCUGGUUCGGGCUCAGACGCUUUUUCUCUCAAGACCGAGGCCAAAAAGGACGGUGCCGAUUAUGUGAUCAAUGGCACAAAAAUGUGGAUCUCGAAUUCUGACAUCGCGGGAGUUUUCUUGGUUUUCGCCAACGCGAACCCUUCUGAAAAAUAUCGCGGCAUUACUACUUUCUUUGUGGACCGCGAGACGCCAGGUUUGACGGUAGCUAAACCCGAGGACAAGCUUGGGAUCAAGGCAUCCGGCACUUGCAUGAUCCAUUUCGACAACGUUAGGGUACCCGAAAGCAAUAUCUUGGGUCAAUAUGGACAUGGAUACAAAUAUGCCGCUGGAUUUUUAAACGAGGGUAGAGUCGGUAUUGGAGCCCAAAUGAUCGGCAUAGCACAAGGAUGCUUAGACGCGACCAUACCGUAUACGCUUGAGAGGAAACAAUUCGGAAAGGAUAUUUUCUCAUUCCAAUCAAUGCAACAUCAAAUAGCUCAAGCUGUGACGGAAGUGGAAUGCGCCAGGUUGCUCGUUUACAAUGCAGCUAGAUUGGUGGAUGCUAAGAAGGACGUUAUGAAGGAAGCAGCUAUGGCCAAGUUAAUUGCAUCCGAAACUGCACUACGUGUCACCGCGAAGUGCAUAGACUUUAUGGGCGGUGUUGGAUUUACGACAGAUUUUCCUCAGGAGAAGUAUUUCAGGGAUUCCAAGAUUGGCACAAUUUACGAAGGCACAAGCAAUAUGCAAUUAUCGACGAUUGCAAAAUGUAUACGUAAGGAAUAUUCCUGAACAGUGAUCAGUAAGAUAAUUUCUAGAAAUGUUGCAUAUGUUUAGCUUAUACGUUGUAUCACAAUUAAUUCAUCUUUAAGACAUUGGGUUGUCCGAAAAAUUCUUUUUGUUAUUCUGAGAAGUACUACUCUCAGCUCGACGACGCGGCGAUCGUCAGGAAACGUCCAGAAUUAGCUAAUAGGCGAGGUGUUGUCUUUUAUCACGACAACGCCAGAUUGCAGUUGGCCGUUCGGAACAAGUUGCUGGCAUUGGAAUGUUCUAUCUUAUCUUCCACUCUCCGGACCUCGCUCCUUCUUACUAUUACUUGUUCCUUUGUCUAAAAAAUUUUCUUUAUCGUAAAAAUUCGGCUUUUUGAAUGACAUCGAAAUUAACCUCAAUCAGUAUUUUACCAGUAAAUCAAAGACAUUUGAAAAAUCAAAGAAAAAUGGCAUCACAAAGCUUCCGAAGGAAGAUGAUAGAGUAAAAUGACUCGUAUAUAUUUCGUAUAAAUUGUGUCGUUCAUAAAAUUUUGCAUGCGUCUAGUAGAAAGAAAAGAACUUUUGAAACAAUUAACAGGAAAAACGCUUGUAUAAUCUUAAGAAAUUCAUAAAUUCGUUAUUAAUAAGAAUAUAUUUUUAUACUUUUAUAAUGAUAUAAAAGUAAAAUAAAUUUUUAUCGCAAACAAUUUAUUAUGAUAAUCUUGAAUUCAGAUCACCAUUAUCUUUACAGAUAUACAAUAAAGUAAAGAUGGGUAUUAUACAGGAUGAAAUAUGUCCAUGUAUCACUAACAAUAUUUUACAAAA